GUUAGCUUCUACAGUUUUCUUAAAAUACUUGGCAUACAAAUUAAUCAUCCAGUCUUCUUUUUGAAUCAUUCUUGAAAUCAAAGUAGUGAGAGUAGUGACAAAAAUCAGUGAAGUAGUCAUAUUGCGAGUUCCCACGGAAUGAAAAGUACGCAUAAUUAAAUUUGUGAGAGUAAUGGAGUACAAAUGAAAAGCUGGCAUUGAUAAGUGAUUCAUUCAUUCUUAAUUUGUUAUCUAAGUGCAACGCAAAAAAAAUGAAAAUAAUCGACUUGUGCCUAACAAUGGUAUAAAUAAGCAAUCGGAAGCGGAAGUAAUUGAUAAGUUUAAUAAGCAACGCAAAAGUAAAGCUAUGGACAGACGUGAAAGUGGAUAAGGCAGGUUCCGUAUGAUAUUUACUGUUCCGGGUUUCAAGAUUCUUUGCAAGGAAACAUAAUAUCAACGCACACAUAUAUUCAUGUGUAUAUGUGUAUAUAUUUAUUAGUGAAGUAAAAAUAUUUGGCUGUGAAUUGAGAACUUCACUACUUGUACUUGAGGUUGAUACAAUCGACAGCAGCUGUCAGCGUCGACGCCCACAAAUCGUUCUUUCGGUGUGCGCUGUUGCCAAUUGAUUCAACUUGUUGCCCUCUACUGUGUGGAUCCGACUUUAAAAAUAUUUCAAAGCUUGACUAAAUAAAUAACUUUAAACUGGAAAUGAGGUCAAAUUCUGUGUAAACCACGAAUAAAAUUUACCUGCCGCAGUGAAAGAAGCAAAGGUGACAUGUCGCUGGUGUAUGGGGAGGCAUGUAGGCGUAUGUGUGACGCAGCACCUGCCGUCAUUCGCAAUUGACAACAACAAGCCAUAAAACAAGGUCGUUUCUACAAUGCGUGCAAUCAACGUUAUCAAAUAUUAAAGAGUUAAGAAGCUCAAAGUAGUAAAUUACAUACUACAAGGCAAACGCUCAACUGCUAAGCCUCUGGUGCACAACAGAACACGUCAGAUAUUAGCGGGGGCUACGCCGUCUCAAAAUGACCCUUGAUCGACCGUUGUUUCCCAUCGAUUCGCUGCCUGCGUCCGCUGCGACAGCGUCGUCGUCGGCGUCAUCGUGGCACUUGAUAACUAGCGGCAAACUAACAAGUCACAGUGCAUUCCUUUUGGCUACACGCGCGAUGCGUCUGCUGCAACUAAAUUGGAAGGUAAUCACUUCCGCAGCUCUUCUGACGCUCUUGGCUAUCGUUUGGUACUACCCGGCAUUUUUCUUUUUCUUCAUAUUUGUCGUUUACUCACUAUUUCUGGUAUUAACAGCUGUGGCGGGCACAGUAUAUGUUCACUAUAUCUUUACCUGCCCAGAGCCACAACUACCGAAACGAGAACCAACAAAUAUUCUUUACAAUGCGACAAAAAGCAGCAUUUUCGAACUGCCCAAACCCAUUAAGAAUGCAUCGAAUUUGCCGCUUAUCUUUGGUAAAACGGUUGAUUUGCAGCUGCAGCAGAUUAUUGAAUAUGUGCUUCGCGACUUCAUGACCCAUUGGCUGGGGCACGUGGUUACCCAACCGAAAUUGAUGAAUGAUAUUGUGCGCGAAGACCUUUGGAACGCCAUACAAAAAAUUCACGAUAGAGGUGUGAAAAUCGAUGCAGCUAAGAUCAUAGCUGUGGAUAUGGUGAAUCGUGUCACAGUACAUUUGGAAAAGAUUCGGAUAGCUGAAGCUAGAGCCGCUGAAAUCGGCAAUCCACCUGUGUUCUCCACCAAUUCUUAUCUGGUGGAUGAGGAAACGGAAUUGAAGUUUUUGCGCCGACUUAGUGAAAUUAUGAUAAUUCUUUUACUGCCACGUGGCUACUCGCUUCCACCGUUAAAAGUGCUACUUAGCGAGAUACUCUCUUACAAAAUAUUUUUUCCAUUGAUAAAAAUGCUCACAUCACCGGACUAUAUCAAUCAGAAAGUUGUGCAAAAUAUUGAGUCACGUUUGGCGGCGGCUGCCAUUAGUAAACGCAGCUACGAGUAUGCAGCCAGCUUUGAAGAUUUUUUGAAAAUCAUAAACAAUUCCGGCAAUUUGGAGGAGCUGUCGCUGAUACGCAAAAGCAUUGUGAAUGACUUGAUGCAUGCGACUACAAUGCAGAAUUUGCAACGUGCCAAAGGUGCGUUGAUACGAAAUUAUGGGCUAAGAUAUGACUGGAUUAAAAUUUUACUUUCAGGUCUUGAUCCCGAUACCGACGAUCAUAGUCUGUCAAAAUCGGAAAUGAAUGCUGCAGUGCGUCUGAAACGUUACGUACAACAGCUGACGUUUGCCAAAGCGCAGUGCGAGAAAAAUCUAGGAAAGUACGGCUGGAACGGCAAUUAUACUAGUGAUGUGGAUUUAACGCUCAUCGAAGUUCUGAGUACCGCAGUUGGACGUCGAUACUUGACCAUUUUCUUGGAGCCGCUAAAGGCUAGCGCCUUGGUUGGCUUCUAUUUGGCUGUUGAGGAAUUGAAGCAUUCGCACAAGUCUUCAUGGCAUCAGUUGGGUACUGAAAUUUUCUACACUUACAUACGUGUGCCAAAGCCGGAGAUACAAAUCGAUAAACAUGAACGCAAACUUAUAGAAACAUUUCUGUUGGGUGACACAGGCCCCGAUAUACUAUAUGACAUUCAGAAAAAUAUCCUAAAAACACUUGAAGAAAAGUAUUAUGCCUCAUUUGUGCUGAGCGAACAGUAUCGGCAAAUACGUGACGCGCUAAAUUCAGAUGACUUUAAAGAUCCCACCUUAUUGCUACGCACAAUCAAUGGCAGCGAUGCUUCAUCAGAUGACUCAAGUUCGGCCCUGGAAGGCGGCGAUGGUGCUAAUACCACAUUGGAUGUGGCGGCGCAUACAUCGUAUGCGCGUCGCAAGCUGGAACAAUUACAGGAACGCAUCGAUAAGAAGAGUCAAGCGUUGGAUGCGCUGAAGUGUUCGGUGAAACCCGAAUCGAAAGUGUUGCAGAUAUUGGAGAAGGAAAUGGAGUGGUUGAAAAACGAGAAACGACAAACAGAGGCGCAUCUCAAGCGCACCGAUGCGUGGACAGAGCAUCUGGGCAAGUGGAAGGCGACGUUGCAGAGCGUGGAGGUGCGUGCAGGGAUUUCUGAUGAAAAGGAGUCACUGCAAUUCAUGAUUCUCGUGCAUGUGGACGAGGAUAUAAAUGCGCCACGUACAGCCAGUAGCAGCAAAAGUUUAGAUAAGCCCGGUGGCUUACAGGUGCGGCCCGGUGCAAUAUCAAGUGGUUGGGUGGUGAUGCGAUCGCUGAAUCACGUGCAUGAUCUGCAACGUAAACUGCGAUAUGUCAACUCAAAUAUAAAAUCACUCGAUCUGCCGACGAACUUUAAAUUUUUCUUUCUGAAAAACGAUCGCCAAGCGCUCGAAAAAGCCAAAGGACAAAUACAGAAAUUUUUAAAUUUCAUACUAGAAGAUGAUCAUUUGAAUGGCAGCGAAGCUAUUUAUAGUUUUCUCAGUCCCAGUUCAGAUCACCUGAAACAGACAUUGCCCUCACCUAAGAAGUCCAAAUUCUCACUAUCCACUUUAUUCAAAAGUGAUGCUGCAAAAGGUGGAGAUAUGGGUAAAGCUAACGAUCCCUUUUGGGGCUUACAUCGUGAUGAUGAGGAUAUUUCAACUUAUUUGGAAGGAGAAACGGGCGUGGACACAAAGCUUUUAGCCGAUCUGGAUAGUAAAGAUUCAAUAGCGGAGCCUUUGUAUGCGUUGCUGGGCGAGAUUUUCGAUAUGGGCGGUGUUUUCAAGUGGCUGCGGAAGAGUUUGAUAUCAUUUGUGCAGAUCACUUAUGGCAGGACAAUAAACAGGCAAAUUCGUGAGUCCGUAGCCUAUUUGUUUGAGGAAUCGAUGUUGCACUAUUAUUUCUCUGCAAUUUUGAAAUCGUUUUGGCCCGGCGGAUUGCUGGCUUCUUCAUAUCCCGUACGCUCUGACGAUAUUAAAGAGAUGACGCGCAACGCUGCAAAAGAUUUGCUGAUGGACAAUAUACCUGAGGUGCUGUGCAAUUUAGUAGGUGCACAAACGGCUAAACAUGGAGUGCUGAAAGUUUUCGAAGCCAUGCAGAAUCCAACUUAUAACAAGCAAUUAUUUUAUGAGCUGCUCGAAAUUUUAAUGAUUGAAUUUUUCCCCGAAAUACGCCAGCUGAAGUUGCCUGGUGUGAAAUCUUCAACACAUCACCCGACAACGUCAACAGUUGGCACAACAAACUACAGCAAUGCCGCCACAUCACUGGUCACGUCGACUACAAUGGCAGCAGCUGCUGCAGCAGUCAGUGGUAAUAGCAAUAACAGCAAUCAGAACACAACAACACAUCAGCCAUACGAAAAACCACAACCUCUACAAUUUCAACAACAUCACUUCGCAAGUAAUGGCAAAUAGUUAGGUUAGGAUGAGCUACCAAAAAUUUAGCACCAAAGCGACAACAACAAUUUUACAUAUGGAAUGUAUAACAAUUAAGGGCAUUAUAUUUAUGUAUGUAUUAACUGAAGAACGCCUUCGACAAUUUAGUUGGUAAUGUUAAGAAAAUGUGAUUAUGCAAAACGUUAUGCCGUUUUACCGUAACUGUGCUCAUUUAUGUUAAUCUCAUUUUUAAAACCACUAUAGUUUGUAUGUUUAUAUGUGUUUAUGUGUUUUGAAAUUUGUUAUUUGCGAAUACCGUUUUUUAGUGGGUAAUAUACAAUUUCUAUGAAAUAUGACAUGUUUCUGUACGAAGAUAUUAUUUUUUAUUGAGCUUACUUUUAAAUGGGAUGAUUUAAUUUCAUUUUCAAGUGUGUUGCCUAUUCUGUUUAAGAUAUUUUGUUUUUAAAAUUUGUUUUAAAUGUUUUUUUAUCAAUAAAAUUAUGAAUAUAUGUUGAAUGAGAAGUAUUAUUUUAGAAAUUUUGGUUUUUCGAUUGGAAAAUGAAUUGAAAAUUAUAUAUGAAAUAAGGAAAAAAAAAACAAACGCAUUCCAAAGAUAUUAAUGUGUGUAUGUAAAAUUCAAUAUAUUUAUAAAGUUUAUGUUAUGAAAUGUUUUGUUUCAAAAGUAAGCAUUAAAUUGCAACUGCAUUAAUCGAGUAUACAGUACAUCAGAUAAGCAUUAAAAUUAGUGAAUUGUAGCAAAGGAACAUUAAUGUUAAAUAGUGUAAUAAUUAUAUAAGUGAUUUUGUUAAAAACUGCAUAGAUAUGAUGUGAUUUCAAGAAGUCUCUUUUACACACAACCACACACGGAACUACAAAUAUUAAGGUAGUUUUUGAGAUAUAUAUUUACAUAUAUAUUUGUAUGUACGCCAGUUUCUGAACGUAGCCACCUUCUCGAAAAUGAACAAAAAAGAAAAAAAAACAGAAAAUUGAACGAAAAGUUAACCAACAACCAUUACCGUAAAGAAGAACCUAAAAAGAAAAAGAAAAUAGAUCCGAAACAAAGAGUGUUUGUUAUUCUCACAUGAAACAGUAUGCCACAAAUACACAUACAUACAUACUUAUAAAUGUAUGUACACAAAACAAUAAUUAAGAAAUAUAUGUAUAUGUACAAUAUAUGUAUGUUUCUUCACACUAUAUACUUAUAUGUACGCAUCUACAUGUUGAACAGGUCAAGGUAAAUAUUAUAUAUUCUGUAAUUAAUGAAUAAAUGAUGGACAUUUAUGUAACUUUUACGAAAUGAUAAAUUGUUUUAUUUGUCACUUAUUUCGCUGUACUUGAAUAUCAUAAAAAUAAUUAGAAAACACAAUUAGAAAAAUUUGUACAUUGCGAAUUACAAGAGUUACUUAAUAUAUAUAUAUUUGGUAAUUUGGU